UAAUCGUUAUCAUCAGAGCUGGUAUUGAAAUGAUUAUAUAACUUGUCGCGUAGCAUGUCUGCAGUAAUUGGCGCAGAUUAGGAACGCCGAGACGAUAUUUGUGUUCAGAAGCAACUGCGUUUUCACUUUCCAUAUGUUAACAUGAACAGUUUCUAAGAGAGUUGAUUCAAGCUGUGAGGAGAACAUCACGGAACGGGUGCAUUCGUCACCCCAAAAUAUAAUGACUGAAAAUUUUCAAGCAAUGAAUCCGCGAAGAAAUAAAUCGUCCAUCAACGCAACGUGUCGCUCUCGAAGAGACCUUCAAAGUAGCUUUAAUGCCGUAAAGGAUUUCAAGGAAAUAAACGAGAAAUCUCCAAACAAUGAUGAUAGCGAGAAGAAUCGACAUUUCGUUUAUCCUCGCUGCUCGUCUUGUACAGUCGACAGAGCUCCAGGAAAGUUACGAAAGUUUGCAGCGACAUUAUGUGAUGUGUGUAAUGCAUACCUCUGUACUUCUUGCACCAGGAAACAUAGAAUAAAUUGUAACGGACAUUUGUUAUCACCCAUCACACCUAAAUUGGAUGAGAAAGAACGUUUCCUCACAAAGAAUGGGCAUCACCAACCAGUGUGUCACAAAGGUCAUCGUGAUGUCCUAAAGUAUUUCUGCGAAACUUGUCAGGAUGUUGCUUGCUUAGAAUGUAUUCAAACACAACACAAGAAACAUGAGUUCGUGUAUGCCAAAGAUGCGUAUAAAAAACACAAAGCAUCUUUAGAAACACAUAUCCAGAAUUCACGUGUGGAGGCUAAUCGUAUUGUGAAGCAACUUGACCAAGGGGAGGAAAUAGUAAGAGAUUUAAAGACAGAGAAAGACAACAUUACGGAAAAAAUCAAGGCGCAGACGAAAGUGAUUAUGGAGGUUCUCAGAAAUCGAGAGAAAGAUCUAUUACAAGACGUGGAUAGAAUUUAUUCCAAUAAAGAGGAUGUUUUAAUUAGGAAUAAGGAAAGACUUGACAAUCGACUCGAAUUAAUCAGGAGAACAUGUCGUUUUACAGAAAUUGCUAUAAACGACGGAGAUGAAGUGCAACUGUUGAUUUUCGAGAAAUUCGCUCGGAAGAGAUUAGACGAUUUGUGUCGCACAGAAUGCCUCACUCCCCCUGAGACUGAAGGACAUUGUCGUUAUUAUGUAACAAUGAAUUCUCCAGAAAAGGCCGAACAGCUUCUUGGCAAGUUUAUCUGUUCUGCCGUUGAUCCGAGUCAAUGCGAAGCCUGUGGGGAAGGGCUAAGAAGAGCAGUGGUUGGAAAGGAUUCGAGUUUUAUGGUGAAUUUAAGAGGAAAAGAUGGUAUUCCGCUCAAUACUGGAGGCGAUGACGUGCAAGCUCAGAUAACCAGCACAAGCGAGGAGGGUCCUCUCAGGGUCAGGGUAACAGAUCACGACAACGGAACGUAUACGGUUACAUAUUCCUCCAUCGCCAGCGGUGUCUUGAGCAUUGCAAUUCAUGUGUACGGUGAACCGAUUAAGACUCCACGUUAUCAAGUCCAUGCUGUAUGCCAGCGUGACUACGAAAAGAUAAAAAAACCUAUGUUGUCCAUUAGUAAGUUCAUUCUUUCAGGUAAGGAAUUAUCGUUGAAACUACCAUGUGGGGUUGCCGUUGACGAUCAAGGCAGAAUUCUUGUUGCUGACUGCCAUAAUCAUAGCAUCAAGAUAUUUAGUCGAGAUGGGAAGUUUAUCAAGUCGUUUGGAUGUCUCGGCUCUAAAAACGGUCAGCUGAACAACCCAACUGAUAUUGCGGUGAAUGACAGAAGGAUUUAUGUUUGUGACAAAGACAACAGUCGUAUUCAGUGCUUCACAUCAGAAGGGGUGUUCUUGAGUACGUUCGCUUGUGGAAGCUCCCUUUUAAAAAGACCAUGGGGUUUAUGUAUCGAUGGUAAAGGGCACGUUGUCGUAACAGACACAAAGAAUAAUCAGAUCCAAGUGUUUUCCACUGACGGUUAUUAUGUAACCAGUUUUGGCAAGGAAGGGAGUGGUCCGUGUGAAUUUCAGCAACCAUACUACGUUUCGGCACAUCCGAACGGACAGAUCUACAUCACUGACAACGGCAAUCACAGAGUGCAAGUGUUCGACGAAAGCUAUUCAUAUCUCUUUGAGUUCAGCGGGGAUAAUGAUGAUUUGAAAUUGAAGUAUCCUACUGGGAUUACCACAGAUCAUCAGGGUCACGUUAUUGUAGCAGAUCAAUGCAACAACAGGAUACAGGUAUACAAAGCUGACGGAAAGAACAAAGUUGUCAUCUCAAAACCACUUAAUAAGUCACAAAGUCCAAGCUAUCCUAAAGGUCUCGCCGUCACUCUGGAUGGUUUUGUAGUGGUUGCGGAUAGUGACAAUGAUGAAGUAGUUUUAUUGUGAGAGCAUAUAUCAAGAUUUAUGAUAUAUAGUCUAUUCCAAUCUCAGUAUAGGCUGGCUGCAUGCGUUUUAAUAUAUACAAAAUGGUAAAAGCCGGGACACUUGUUCUGAAGACGUAUAUAUAUAUAGUCUCUCCUGGUCUUUAUAUUGUGGACGAGAUAUACAUAUAUAUUCCAUAGUCUUAAGGAAGCACUUAUUUUUCCUCAGCUAUAUGUUGAAUUUAAGAAAAUCAAUGUAGGAU